GGAAGUCGCUCGGUUACUUAAGGGGCCCGGACGCGCACGUCAACAUCACGACUGCGACUCCAUCGCACAGAUCGCCUCUACGCCGCGGCCGUCAUGAACACGACGGGGCGCUACAACGAGCCGCCGUCCAUCAUCAACCUGGUGGGCAACAUCGACGACUUUCCCGAAUUCCAGCCCUUCCGCCCCCACGAAGACGGCGGCGAGGAGGAGUUUGACGCCGAGCCGGGCCCGCGAGGCCGGCGCGACGCGCUGAGCGUGGAGGGCGUGGACAUGUGCAGGGAGAUCAACAUGCCCGAGCACCGCACCCGAGCCUACGACACCAGGAACCUGGUGGUCCGCCGGGGCCAAGAGUUCGUCCUGCACGUCACCUUUUCCCGACCCGUCACCCCCAGGGACAAGUUCCAGCUGGAGUUCCUGAUUGGUUCCAACCCCUCGGUCCGCCUGCGCACCCUGGAGCGGGUCACGUUCGGCACGCGCCACCGAGGUCGCUGGCCCGGUCGGAUCGUGGAUUCCCAGGGCUCGCGGACGGUGUUGGCAAUCACGGCGCCGGCCGACACCAUCGUGGGGAAGUUCCGCAUGUACGUGACGGUCGUGUCCUGGAGGGGCUUGCAGCGCACCAAGAGGGACCCGGCCACCGACUGCUACGUGCUUUUCAACUGCUGGAACAGCGGGGAUUCUGUGUAUUAUCCGGAAGAGCAAGGACGGCAGGAGUACGUCCUCAACGACAGCGGCGUCAUCUACAUCGGCUCCAGGUCCACUCUGCUCAGUCGCGACUGGGUCUUCGGGCAGUUUGAACGCGGUAUCUUGGACGCGUGCAUCUACAUCCUGGACGUGUGCCGCAUGCCCAUCAGAAACCGCAGCAACGCCAUCGAAAUGGUCCGGAAGGGUUCCGCCUUGAUCAACUCUCAGGAUGAAAACGGUGUGCUGGUGGGCAACUGGAGCGAGAACUUUUCCGGAGGCAUGGCGCCCACCCUGUGGACGGGCAGCGUGAAUAUCCUGCUGCAGUACGCCAACACGGGCAGCUCCGUGCGCUACGGCCAGUGCUGGGUCUUUGCCGGAGUCUUCAACACUUUCCUGCGCUGCCUGGGCAUCCCGGCCAGAGUCAUCUCCAACUUCAACUCGGCUCACGACAACAACGGCAACCUGAAAAUCGAACUCAUCUUCAGGGAAGACGGGUCCGCGGACGAGCGCAACACGCACGACUCCAUCUGGAACUACCACUGCUGGAACGAGGUCUUCAUGACGCGCCCGGACCUGCCCCCCCGACUGAGCGGCUGGCAGGUGGUGGACGCCACCCCCCAGGAGACCAGCGACGGACUGUACCGCUGCGGUCCCGCCUCGGUCCUCGCCAUCAAGGAGGGUCUGGUGGGGCACUCCUACGACGGCGCCUUCAUUUUCGCCGAGGUGAACAGCGACGUCAUCUACGUGACGCAGGACAAGUACGGCAACGAACUCUCCACCUACGUGGACAAGAGGCUGGUGGGGCUGGGACUCUUCACCAAGCACAUCCUGGCGGACGCCCCCGUCGACAUCACGCACACGUACAAGUACCAAGAAGGAAGCGGCGACGAAGCCAGGGCCAUGGAGACGGCCCAGAGCUUCGGCUUGGCGAGAGACCACCCGGACCAGCCCGUCGCCGCAGAUGUUCUGAUCACCGUCUCGCUCGCCGCUGAACAGGUGGACCUGGGUAAGGACGUGUACGUGACGGUGGAGUUCCAGAACCACGGCGACGCGGCCCAAACGGUGAAGGCGCUGGUGACGUGCGCCGUCAUCUACUACACGGGCGUGCUGUCCAAGCGCUUCAAAGAGGAGCCCGUGGAGGUCACCGUGCCGCCCAAUCAGACCGAGCGUGUGGUGCUGAAGACCAAGGCUCAAGAUUACAUGAAGAACUUGGGCUUCCAGCGCUUCCUGUGCUUCACCCUGGCGGGUCACGGGGAGACAGUGUACCUGAACGCCAUGAAGGUGGUCUACCUGCAGGCGCCGCACCUCCAGCUCAAGGUGAGCGGCGUCCAGGAGGUCGGACGGCACAUGUUCGUCAACGUGUCCUUCACCAACACCUUCAACUUCCCGCUCUACAACGUCACCCUGGCCAUGGAGGGCCCGCGAGCCGUGUCCAACAGGACGCACUUCUACAAUGUCCUCCAGCCUCAAGCUUCCUUUAACUGGAAGGAGUCCUUCGUCCCGCAAGUGAUGGGGAAGCGCACCCUGGUGGCCGUGAUGUACGCUGCAAAUCUCUGCGAGAUUUGGGGCAAGGUCGACUUCUUGGUGGAGGCCGGGCCCGCCGUCGCCAACUGAGGCGCCGACGUCGAAGUGUUUGAUUCUCUUUCGCACGAAAUCAGUCAGCAAUCCGAGAGAAUCGGCGGAAAACCAAAAGCGGCCGGCACCAGAUUGAGGCUUCGGCCGACGCCGGCGAUAUUCAAGCGAGCGUAGAUUCCAAUUUGACAAUGAGGAAAGUCGAUCUCUUCGUAUCGGAUGAUUUCUCUCGGCUCAUCGUUCGCUCUCACGUGUUUCCUGCUCAUAUACUAACCCGAUAAAGCAAAG